GGCCUAGAUCUCGGGGUCCGCCCCCGCUGUCUCGCCCACUUGCCAUCACCCGCUUCACCCCCGUUCUUUUCGGUUAUUUUCUGCUACGGCCGUUCCCCACCCUGCCCUGGGCCCAGGGGGCCGCGGUCUGAACUUUGGUCGGCUGGAGGAGUCGUCUCCGACCUCCUUCAGAAAUGGGGAACGUGCAGUCGGAGCCUUCCGCGGGCGGAGGCUCCCGAAAAGAGCAGGCCUCGGACCGCUCCUCUGACUCCCGCCGUACGUCCCCGGUGGAGCCCGAGGUGACCCCCUCCUCCCCGGCCAUGCGCCUGGCUCGAGGGCUGGGCGUCUGGUUCCCUGGCAGCUCCGCGCCCCCGGGAAUCCUGGUACCCCCGGAGCCCCAGGUCUCACCCUCGCCCCUGCCCCUGACCUUAGAACUGCCCUCGCCAGUGACGCCCCUUUCAGAGGGGGCGGCUGCGGCCGCGGUCCCCACACCACCCCCGCCCCCCGUGGGGACUCUGCUGCCCGCGCCGUCUAAGUGGCGAAAACCCACGGGCACUCCGGCGCCGGUGCCCCGGAUCCGCGGUCUGCUGGAGGCGAGCCAUCGCGGCCAGGGCGAUCCUCCGAGCCUUCGUCCACUGCCGCCGCCGCCCCGGCAACGAACUGGAGAGGACCCCGACUCUCUCCCGAGGGCCCCAUCCCCUACUCCGCCCUUCUUGGCGCCGCGGAAGCCGCCGCCACCGCCACCGCCAUCUUCCGACCGGCAGCCCCCGGGCCACAGAAUCACUCCUGCUCGAGCCACACCCGCCACAACCCCCCCAGAAAACCAGGUGGGGUACGGCAGCGAGGGCCAGACGGCCAGGGGAGCCCGCAGAGGGGCACCUCCCCAAGCAGGAGAGGGCGAAAUGGCCCGGCCCGCGGUCUCCGAGUCUGGCCUGAGCCUGCUGUGUAAAGUCACCUUCAAGUCGGGGCCCCCUUUGGCCCCUGCGGCAGCGUCGAGUUCCUCAGCUGCCAAAGCCUCGCUCGGGGGCGGAGGCGGAGGCGGAGGAGGAGGAGGAGGACUCUUCUCCGCUGCCUCGGGUUCCAUCUCUUACGCCAAAGUCCUUAAGCAGGGGUCCCUGGCUCCUGGGCCCUCUCGACCCUCGAGAGAGGUCCCUCGGGAGUCUCAAGAAGCAGAAGGCGGUGAUGGAGACGGCGAGGGGUGUUCUGGACCCCCCUCGGGGCCUGUGUCCCAUGCCAGGGCCCUUCCGCCGCCACCCUACACCACCUUUCCAAGCUCGAAGCCCAAAUUCGACUGGGCGAGCCCUCCCGAUGGCCCUGAACGCCACUUCCGCUUCAACGGAGCCGGCGGCAGUGUCGGGGCGCCCCGACGGCGCGCGGCCACGCUCUCAGGGCCCUGGGGCUCCCCACCGCCUCCGCCAGGGCAGACGCACCCGGGUCCGGGGUCCCGGAGGCCUGCACCAGCCCUGCUGGCGCCGCCUAUGUUCAUCUUCCCGGCGCCCACCAACGGCGAGCCUGUGAGCCCCGGGCCAACAGGCCCACAGGAGUUGCUGCCACCGCCGCCGCCCACGCCACCACCCACGCCUCCUCCCGCGCCACCGCCCACACCGCAGCCGCCGGUGCUCCAGCCAACGCCGCCGCCCGUGGCCCGCCCUCCCACCCCAGUCCCGGGCCACUUGGAGUCGACCCUGGCUCCCGCCCCGGCUCCCAUUCUGCCCCUCGCCUUGGCUGCCGACCAGGCCCCGGCCCUGGCCCCAUCCCCGGCUCCAGCUCCCACCACAGCGGAGCCAACGCUGCCUGCGCCCGCGCCCACCAAGGCCCGCACGCGCAGGAACAAGGGUCCCCGCGCAGCCAGGGGUGCGACCCGCGCGGCGGGCGCCCCCGGAGAUGGUCCUCGGGAACGUACUGCAGCCACCGUGACUGACAGCGGAGGUGGAGGGGGUGGUGGCGGCGGGGCUCCUCCAGCAGGGAUGGCUAACACGGGCACCACUCGCCACUGGCCGCCCUUCCAGGUGCUUAACUCUUGUCCCUGCAAGUGUUACUGCCGCCACCAGCUGCGUCAUCGCCGUCUACCACGCAACGUAUCUGCCUGGCUGAGCACGCCCACCAACCACCUGAGCGAGCCGCCUUGGGUUGCCACCAUCAAGCUGGCUGGCUCCCUGGUGGCCGGGCUGGAGCACUACGAUUUGCAGGCCACCCAUUCCAACUGAGUGCAGUCUGCUCAAUGCCCUCUGCGUCCCCCUCCUUGACAAUAAAAUAACCAUCUAGAUAUCUA